AUGUUCGAUUUUCUUUUGAUAACAAUUGCAACAAAAAACGUUUUACUAAUCGCCGCUAGGUCACGAAAAUCGUUAAAACUCUAUGAAGUUUUUCUUGCUGUUGGUGUUCAGUAUCAACACGUUUAUGUCGACCAAGUGCUGCGAACGCUAUUCGUGAUAAUUGUUUAUUUGCUCCUCGUGAACGAGAUAGAAUACUGUUUAAAUCUUGUAGAAAAAUAUGUCCUAGAAAUUCACCGACGGACUGGUGUUGUAUCAAUGAAUGCAAAACGAUCAGGUGUAACUGUGGCUGCAUCUGACAGUGAUCCUCGUGCUAUUGGAGAAUCAAAUGGACAGUCUCCUAUCGAUACUGAAAAAUCUGAUACGAUUACCAUUGAGAAAAAAAAUUUGAUUGCAGAAAAGCAGGACCGAGACACUUCUAUGGCCGAGGAACAGAACAAAACCGGUUAG